CUUUAUGCCGCACACAGAGCGCCGUUAGCCGCAGGACAACAGCAGAGUAGAGGGUACUGAGAUCCGGGAAGUAAAGGCUCCACACUCAUGCCUUGAGGAAGGGAAACGAGUGACGUUGCUGUUAAUGGAAAUAAAUCACACCCAUCUGGAAUUGUAAAAAUGAUCGAAACAAUGGACACUCAGCGUGCCUUGCAGGCGGUGGAGCGUCUCCAGGCCCGGCUGAAGGAGCGGGGGGAGGUGCCCACCGAGGAGAAGCUCAGCCUGCUCAAGUCUGUGCUCCAGAGCCCCCUCUUCCACCAGAUCCUCGCCCUGCAGAAGUCCGUGCAGCACCUCAGAGACCAGGAGAGUCUCCCAGGGUCGCGUGAGACUGACCUCUGCGAUCAUGUCGCAGCAGUCAACCCCAACGGCGGCCAUGUUUCCUACUCAGACAUUUCAGCUUCUACUCUCAUCAACGGCAAGCCAUCGUCUGAGGAAUUUGAACAUGUUGUUCACUCCAUGGCGCAGGGACGCUACCUGGCACAUGUGGAUCUGCAGAAGCCAGAGUCAGGGGGUCUGGGCUUCAGCGUGGUGGGACUGAAGAGCGAGAACCGGGGAGAGCUUGGCAUUUUCAUCCAGGAAAUUCAAGCAGGAAGUGUGGCCGACUGCGAUGGAAAGCUGAGGGAAGCGGAUCAGAUCUUAGCCAUCAACGGGAAAAUCCUGGACCAGACAGUGAGCCACCAGCAGGCUAUCGGCCUCCUGCAGAGCGCCUCAGAGAGGGUCCAGCUCACCGUGGCCAGAGGACCCAUCCCCCAGCUCACCAGCCCCGCAGUGUCACGCACACCCUCUGCAGCCAGCACCCUGUCUGCCAACUCCAGCGCGUGGCAGCACGUGGAAACGAUCGAGCUGGUGAACGAUGGCACUGGCCUCGGCUUCGGUAUUGUGGGAGGAAAGACCACCGGAGUUAUUGUGAAGACCAUCCUUCCUGGAGGCAUCGCUGAUCAGGAUGGCCGGCUGCGCAGCGGGGACCACAUCCUGCGGAUCGGGGACACUGACCUGCUGGGGAUGGGCAGCGAGCAGGUGGCCCAGGUCCUCCGGCUGUGUGGGAACCGGGUGAAGCUGGUGGUGACCCGGGGGCCCCUGGAGGAGGGCCCCUCGGUCGCCGCUGUCAUGCCUGUGGUGCUGCCCACCGUCAACGAACAGGGCUAUGAGGAGGAGGAGGAGGAAGAGGAGGAGGAGGAGGAAGAGGAGGAUGAAGCGUUUGAUGUGAGCCUGACGAAGAACGCACAGGGUUUGGGCAUCACUAUCGCCGGCUAUGUUGGAGAUAAAAACUCAGAGCCCUCUGGCAUUUUUGUGAAGAGCAUAACAAAAGACAGCGCUGUAGAUCAAGAUGGCCGCGUCCAUGUUGGAGACCAGAUAAUAGCUGUGGACAGCGUGGACAUCCAGGGCUUCACCAACCAGCAGGCGGUGGAGGUGCUGCGCCACACAGGCCACACGGUGCACCUCAAGCUGAUCCGGAGGGGCUUCAGGCCCGAAGACCUCCCCCCCGCUGUGGCCCCCAGCAUCGGCGUGCUGCCCCCCCACACCACCAUCCCCACCACCACCAUAGUGCUGGAGGAGCUGGAGCUGGAGAGGAGGAAGGCAGAGGAGGAGGCUGCGGCACAAGUCGCCGCAGAUGAAAAGCCACCGCAGACAAAGAGCGAAGUGUCGGAUGUCGGCUCGACCUCGGAUCAGCUGACGGACGACACACAUGGGAUGAAGCUAACAGCCUUUGAGGAAGAGGCACUGAUGAAGAAGUGGCUCCAGAUUCUGGGUCCAAGUAAUGAAGUUGUAGUGGCUCAGGUGGAGAAGUUCAGUGCGAGCAGCGGGCUGGGCAUCAGUCUGGAGGCGAGCAGCGGCCAUCACUACAUCCGCUCCGUCCUUCCUGAGGGACCUGUGGGUCGCUGUGGGAAGCUCUUCAGUGGAGAUGAACUGCUUGAGGUCAACGGCUUGUCUCUGAUUGGUGAAACGCACAAGGAAGUGGUGAGGAUCCUGAAGGAGCUCCCUCUCUGCGUCUACAUGACCUGUUGCAGACCCGCCCCCCACCUGCAGAUUGACAUGCACGAUGUCCAACCAGAACCAGAGAUUCUGUCUACAGUGUCUGCAUUAAAGGUACUUCACACUGAAAGGUUGACGUGCCCCCAGCUGACUGCCCCCUCCUCACAGGGGUCCUGCGAUAUCUCGCUUGUCUCCUUCCAGGCCUGA